AUGAACAAGAACCUCAUUGCAAAGAAAUGUUCAGGAAAACUGAACUUGAAGGAGCUGGAGGGAAGUGUGGCUCUGCCCCUUUCUAUCAUCAUCGUCGUCAUCGUCGUCCUCAUUGUCAUCACUGUCAUCAUCGUCAUCAUCAUCACUAUCAUUAUCAAUAAUGAAUUAUGUAGUUUGGUCUACAUAGAAAAACUAUCUUACCCUUCCACCAAGAAAGUUCAGAACGCUAAGAAGGAAACUCCUGCCUCUCCCAAAGCGGAAGCCAAAGCGAAGGCCUUGAGAGCUAAGAAGGCAGUGCUGAAAGGUGUCCACAGCCACAAAAAGAAGAAGAUCCAAAUGUCACCCACUUUCAAGCAGCCUAAGACCCUGCGGCUCCAGAGGCAGGUAAAAUAUCCUCGAAAGAGUGCACCCAGGAGAAACAAGCUUGAUCACCAUGCUAUCAUCAAAUUCCCAUUGACCAUCGAGUCAGCCAUGAAGAAAAUAGAGGACAACAACACGCUUGUGUUCAUUGUGGAUGUCAAGAACAUCAAGCACCAGAUCAAACAGGUCACGAAGAAACUCUAUGACAUUGAUGUGGCCAAAAUCAAUACCCUGAUACGGCCUGACGGAGAGAAGGCGUAUGUUCACUCGGCUCCUGGUUAUGGUGCUCUAGAUGGUGCCAACAAGAUUGGGAUCAUCUAAAAUGAGUCCAGAUGGUUAAUUCUAAAUAUACACUUUUUUUUUACCAUUAAAAAAAGAAAAGAAAAACUAUCUUUAAAAAAGCAUAAGACUUGCCUGCUCAGAUUUAUCUGUAUUAGUAAAAGGAUGAAUGAAACGAAUUCAUUUGUCUGCUACAAACACUGCUUAUGUUUUUUGAGAAGAUAUAAUUAUAGCACAUAAUCAACUGUAAAGAUUAUCCUGGAUAGCCUCGGUUGCCCUAAUUCAAUCAGUUGAAAUCACUUAUAAUAGGCUUUGCUGGUAAGAAACUCACCUGUAAGUAAGAGCUUCAGCUUGCACCAAGUGUUCUACUCCAUCCUUGCCAACGGCCUGCCUUGCUCACUUAAGCUAUGCCUAGACAGCCCCACAAUCUUGCAAGGCAACUCCUCAUUCCCUCCCUCUCUCCUCACUUAUAAUCUUAUGAGUUCUGUUUGUCUAACAGAAACUAUGAAAGUCUAACAUACCAAGUACUAAGUCUGAAAAUACUGCAAAACUAAACUUAUCUCUUUAUAAUUUUAAAGAACUCCAAUUUCUAGAACAAUGUUGUAUAGUUACAGUACUAUACGGUCACUCCUACUCCACCUCUGUCCCUCAUUUCAUUAUGGCAAAACAUAAAUUCUAAGAAAAAAUAAUGUCCAGCUAAAUGAAAACCAAUUGAAAAUAAAGAGACCCAUGGAGUUAUCCACAUUAUAAAAGUCACCAGAUGUGGACUCGCCUAUAAUCUCAGGGAUUCAAGGACAGAGGCAGGAGGAUCACAAGUUCAGGCUAGACUGGGCUACAUAGACAAGCUAGCUAAAAAGAAAAAAAAAAGACAAAGUAUGAGAGUUGCUGACUCAGAUGUAUUUAUAUCAGCAGAAGAUGGAUGAGAGGAAUAAAAUGCCUGCUACAAGUAACAUUAAAACAAUUUCUACAACACGUUUCAGUCGAAAGGGAAUAAUAGUCAAUAGGCUAGAAAACUUUAAUAAGUUGGACAGAUACAGAUACAAGCCAUUUCCUGGAUCCAAACCAUUAAAAAGGUAAAUAAUUCAAACAGUCAAGCAUGCCUCCUACAGAUUACCAUCCUGCAUGCAAUGAAUUUGAGGAAGAAUAGCCAGGGUUCCUAAGGCCAUGUCAGGACCUACUAUGGACUAAGGAAAAGUAAAGCUACUCUGUUUAUAAAAUUGUAAAUUUAUUGUUUUUAUCAAUAUUUGAGAUAGUAUCCCUGUGUUUUAUGUUUUCCUGUUACUAUGAAACAAUAUAUUUUUCUCUGCUAAAACAAAGAAAUUGAAAGCAUGUUGGAACAUGGUCAGAUCCUUUCCAUCUACCUCUGAGCAUUUCAUGAACCUGAUCUGGGGUGCAUUUUUUACUGUGUUUAGUUUGGGGAUGGCAGCCUCUGUUCUGAACAAUGCAGGAACAGAAAAACACAGUGGAAUAAAUAGGGCCAUAUGAAAAUGUACUAACAGACAUCUCUCAAGCACAAACAGCAUUGCACUAAAUCUAGAAGGUGUAAUGAUAGGAUACCACCCAUUUAAAAUAAAGCCUGGAGUUUAGGGCUCUAAAAUGUAUCUACUAAGAUCAUGCUCUAAAUCUGAUGAGCUCCUGCUCAUCUACUUCUGAGUCCCAGAACUUCGCCCUUUUCUGCUAUUCUUUGACAAUCUCUACAUACCUAAGAAUUAAUUUUGAGGAGAUAAUAGUGGGUGUGUGCACAUAUUUACCCCCAAUAUUCACAAAACCUAGCUAUAUAUGCAUUAUCUGUAAAUCCAAAUUUAAAAACUCACACAACACCCAAAGGUGUGAAGGUACAGCACUAAGUCAUUUUCUGGAGCAAGCUUGUGAAGAAAGUUUUAAAAGAACACUUAGACUUAGUUUAAAAGAAGACUAUUAAAAAAGUAAUCUAACAGAACAAACAAAACAACAAUGGCUAGAAAAAGACCUUCCUGGUUUUUCUAGAACAGAAGAGAAAAUCAACAUAGGUGUCUCUGUGGAAACAAACAUUCAUUUCCAGUCACAGUCACAGUCUUUCAGAGCUCUUUGUCUCCUUACUUUUAGUACUACAUAUGGAUGCCACGGAGAUCUAUUCAGGAACCUAACUGCUGUUCCAAAGCCAGAAAAAGAAGCACUUAUGAAGCCAGCAACUGAUUUAAUAUGCACUGAGCACUGUCACCCACCCCAAGCAAGGUCCCCUUCCUUCAGUGCUACUGUGGCCUGUGUCAUGACUUCACUACUGAGCCACAGCUAAUUACAAGGCAGACGAAAGGCUAAGGGAGAAUCCACACUAGACAAUUAACAGACUGGACGUUCAUUGUCUUGAAGUGUUCUGCAUAUGCUAAUUCAAACCUCACCCUCCAGAAAAGCACUGUGCAACCAGGACUCUUUGUUCUGGUCUCUUUCAAGCUUCCUAAUAGCGGGAGUGACCCUGAUGGAGAGCACCCUGCUCACACCAUGUCGCUGCCAUUCAUCCCCAACCAGCUGGGCAUGAGUUUCUGUCUCACUCUGGGCUUUAAGUAGCACUGUUCACUGCAAGUGUGUGUGUGUGUGUGUGUGUGUGUGUGUGUGUGUGUGUGUGUGUGUGUGUGUGUGUGUUUGUGUGUGUGUGUGUGUGUGUGUGUGUGUGUGUGUGUGUGUAUGUAUGUGUUAGUAAAGUGGUAAUAGUGGGGUGACUGGAGUGAAAAGAGAGCAGCACAGCAACGUGGGUUCACAGUACUCACAGGAGGACUCAGUAAGUAUAUCAAAUCUGCAUUGCCGUAAGGAUAGCACACCUAAACCAGUAUUCUCCUAAGUGAAAGCCGUGGAGACGUGAACAUGGUCCCUUUGUCCUACUCUACUGUUAAGCUGUAGAACUGUCCUGCUGCGAUUUUUUUUCUUCCUUUCUGUGGUACCAGAGAGUAAACCUAACAUCUAAGCACCCGGCCACAGGGCUACAGUCCAGCAAUCUUUUUAUUUUUAUUUUAAAUGGGGUCUCAAAAAACUGUUUGGGCUGCCUUUGAACUCACUGGGUAGCCUGAACUGGCUUUGAACUCGCCAUCCUCCUGACUCAGCCUCUGAAGUAGCCAUCAUUCCAAGCCCAUGGCACCAAGUUCAGUCCUUGGUUAUAUCUUUUCAACAUUAUAGAGCUACAAACUACACUUCAAAUUCUACGUCAGAGUUGUACCAACUGUACCAUGUCUAUACCCACAGCUAAGUGUCCUUUGUUCUGUGUGACCCUUGCAGUCACGUGACAUGCAUGCUAUUGCCUAGGAAGAAAUGGUCAAGGCUGACUAUCUCCCGAGUCAAUCAUUUCAUAACUCCAUGUCAACUUUUCUUAUAAAAAGUUGAAGUGUUCAGAGUGUAAAGUUCUUUUUCGCCCUACAAUAAAUGAUAAAUCAGCACAGGCAUUAAACUAAUAGUUUACAAGUUUGUGUGAACUCCUAAAAACUGUCCUAUAAAUCAGUAUCUUUCCCAACCUACAGUGUGACACUUCCCUCAGAGAUUACAAAAUCCAAAAGCUCAAGAACGUGCAUUUUUUCAGAUUUGCUUCAAAAGAAGCAGGCCCACGUGCUACCUACAAUAACAAGUAUUGUCCUUUUGGCCGCAUGUCAUCAACUCUUAAGUUGUUACACACAGGGCAACUCGUCCAGAAUGUUUAUGGCUUAUACCACAGAGCCAGGCUGCAGCAUGCUCACAGCACUGUAAAAGCAGAGCUGCAGGUCCCUGGAAGGCACAUCCCCUCUGCUUUCAGGCAGUCCUUUAGGCUCUUGAAUAGAUUUGUGCAUAGCCACAGCUAGUCAUAAAUGUGCAGUUGAUGCUUCCACCUUUCUCAAAGGGUGUUACAAGGAAGUAAGACAAUGUUUAGAAAUUAAUCAGAAUCCUUAAU